GCUUUCCUUAGAUCCCUUCCCCCACUCCUCGCGCUCACGAACUGGACCUCUCAUAAAUAUAUAAAUAAAUACAUAAUAUAUAUAUAUAUAUAUAUAUAUAUAUAUUUGGUGUAUGCAUCUUUGUGGGUGUGAUAUAUAGAGAGAUCGGAUGAGCUGAGUCAACUGGGUGGGGCUGAGUUAUGGGCUGCUGCCAGUCGUCAUCGCUUAAGGGCCACCCAUCUGACGGGCGGCAGUACAAGAGCUUCGGCAACAGCGGCAGCAAUCACCACCACCACCACCAGCAGUUCUCGCCGUCCGCCUCGAACGGAGGUGGUCCCGGCGGGGCCGGGGGGCUGUGGGAAUACUCGCUCGCGGACCUCAGGGCCGCCACCAACAACUUCAGCUCCGAGUACAUCGUCUCCGAGAGCGGCGAGAAGGCCCCCAACGUUGUCUACAAGGGCCGGCUCCAGAGCCAGAACAGCCGCCGCUGGAUCGCCGUCAAGAAGUUCACCAAGCUCGCGUGGCCCGACCCUAAGCAGUUCGCGGAAGAGGCAUCCGGAGUAAGCAAGUUGAGGCAUAAGAGGCUUGCAAAUCUGAUAGGGUACUGCUGCGAGGGAGAUGAGAGACUGCUCGUCGCAGAAUACAUGCCUAAUGACACUCUUGCAAAGCAUCUCUUUCACUGGGAGAGCCAGACAAUCGAGUGGGCUAUGCGGUUAAGAGUUGCUCUAUAUAUUGCGGAAGCUUUAGAUUACUGUAGUUCUCAGGACCGUUCCUUGUAUCACGACUUGAAUGCAUACAGGGUUCUGUUCGAUGAGAAUGGCGAUCCUCGACUCUCAUGUUUCGGCCUCAUGAAAAAUAGCAGAGAUGGAAAAAGUUAUAGCACGAAUCUUGCUUAUACCCCUCCGGAGUAUCUAAAAAAUGGAAGAGUAACCCCGGAAAGUGUUGUCUUCAGUUUCGGCACUGUGCUAUUGGAUCUUCUUAGUGGGAAGCACAUCCCUCCUAGUCAUGCUCUUGACAUGAUAAGGGGAAAAAACAUUCUUCUCCUAAUGGAUUCACACUUGGAAGGUAACUUCUCAACUGAAGAGGCCACUGUGGUCUUCCAAUUGGCCUCCCAGUGCUUACAGUAUGAACCUCGGGAGCGGCCAAAUACCAAAGAUCUAGUCGCCGCACUUGCACCACUACAAAAUAAAGCAGAUGUUCCAUCUUAUGAAUUGAUGGGUAUCCCGAAGCAAGAAGAAGCACCACCGACUCCACAGCGUCCCCUCUCUCAGAUGGGGGAUGCAUGCUCGAGAAUGGAUCUCACAGCGAUCCAUCAGAUUUUGGUAAUGACACAUUACAAAGAUGAUGAAGGAACCAAUGAGUUGUCUUUCCAAGAAUGGACGCAACUAAUGCGAGACAUCUUAGAGGCAAGGAAGAGAGGAGAUUUGACUUUUCGAGACAAAGACUUCAAAACGGCUAUAGACUGUUACUCUGAGUUUAUAAAUGUGGGAGUCAUGAUUUCCCCGACUGUAUUUGCGCGUAGGAGCCUUUGCUACCUUAUGUGCGAUCAACCCGAUGCUGCCCUUCGUGAUGCAAUGCAAGCACAGUGCAUCUACCCUGACUGGUCGACUGCCUUCUACUUGCAAGCAGUUGCUCUUGCAAAGCUUGACAUGCACAAGGACUCAGUCGACAUGCUGAAUGAGGCUGCCACCCUUGAAGAGAAAAAGCAAAGGAGUGGCAAAAGCUCUUGAACAGCAGAAAUCCUAUGCUGGAUUUUCAGUCAGUCCUCAAAUGGGAUUGUAGGUUUUGUUGUUGUUAUUGUUGAUGUUGCUUGUGUAGCUUGAGUCAAAAUAGAGAAAUCCAACGGUGUUGCUUUUGCAAGACCAACAGGAUGAAGGCUUAAAUCGUUCGUUCCAUCUUCUGCACAGAGAGAGAUAAAACCUUUGAGCCAAGGUCUGGUUAUGUAUGUCAUUCUAUAUAUAGAUUCAACGCUGGUGUUUCAGCAA